AAAAAAAUACAAUUUCUCUUUCAAAGAUCUUUUUAUUUUUAUCCAUUUGUUCAAAUUUAUUCAUCUCUUUAUUCUCGUAUAAAGAUUUUACAUUUAACAUCAACCGUAACUUGACCUUUAUUGAUUAUUAUUAUAUCUCAAUAUCCGUUUUAGAUUUAAUUCUACUAGUACAGUUGAUUUAUUAUAAUUACCUUUCCAAUUACAUUACCAAUUUUCUCAAUAGCCAUCGAGAAAAUAACGAAUUUUAUGAUGAUUACAUCUAUGCAAACUCUGUGAAUUCCAACCAAGACCCAAACUCAAACUCCUCCUCUGAUCUAAAUCCCACGACUUCUGUAGAAUCAAAGGCUUAUAACUCCCUAAGAAAAAACUUAUUCAGUUUUAUUCAUACAAGAAAUAAUAGUGAUACUCCUCCCAUGAAAAAAUACAACACUGCUGCUGUUCAAUUUAGAAACCCUUUUAGUAAUCAUUCCAACAAUAAAAACAACUCAAAUACUCACUCCAAUAACAACAACUAUAACCAUAACCAUAACCAUACAAAUAGUCUCAACAGUAUAACAACUUCAAACUAUUACUCAAACUAUAACCCAAGCACUCCUCCUUCUACUCCAAAUCAAUUCACUCCCCUAGCUCCAAGCGAUUUUCUUGAGUAUGGUGCAAUUGAUUCAAAUAACACAAUUUUAGAUGGUUUAGACGACAAAAACUACUAUAAAGACAUCCUUAAAGAAAACAAUAUCAAUCUCCCAAAUAGCCUCCUAGAUUUCAACACUUCUUCAGCUCUCAAUCCUAAACCUAUUAUUCCCACUCCUGAUAACAUUGUGGUCUCUAGCUCAUCUUGCAAUACCUCCUUUGCUGACCAAAUUAAAAACCAAAACCAAAAUCAGGUCUCUGAAUCCAAAUAUCCUUUAAAUAAGAGUUUUGCUCCUUCUAAUAACAAGACUCUAUUGAAUCCCAUCAUCUUUGAAGAAAACAGAAAUCACAAUCUUUUUCCCAACAGCAUCAGCCCCAACACUAGUGUACCAUAUUUCUAUGGUUUAAUGGGCUCCAGAAAUUGCAAAAUUGACUCCUCCAAAUAAAUCGAUUUGUAAUUUGAUCUUUUUUUUGGUAUAUUUUUAUCUACUUUAUCUAUUUUUUGGUUUGCUUUUCUGUCCUUUCUGUUCUUUUCUAUUGUGUUUUUUAGCCUGUUUUGUUAGAAUUGUUGUUAUUUUGUUGAUUUUUAUCUCGCUGCAUGAAUAUUUCAAUUUCUUAUCUGUCUUAGUUCUG